GGUGCGAUGCAAAAAUCCACCUGCUAUUUCGAAACUUGUGUUGCAUGAAGAUUACACGGAGAACCAAACAGUAAACUUGACAUACAAUCAUCUGUUUUGUGAAAACAUCUUGUAUAAUUUGAGCAAUGGUCAGUGGGUGAAAAAGAUCUAUAGUUAUAAUGUAAGUGAGCAAGAAUAUGAGAAAUUACUAAAUGAAGAAAAAAAAUUGGAUUCCUAUUUAGCUGAAUUUCGCAUUAAACGAGGAAUACAUACACGAUUAUGGAGAGAUGAUAACAAGUGUGGAUUUAAUAAUGUUCAGUCAAAGCCGGAAGGAAAUGCGUGGGCAGCUCCAGCUGGAAGUUGGUGCGAUGCAAAAAGUAAAAAACCCUGUUGCAGCGACAUAUAUGAUGGUCAAUGUGGGAACAUUUGUGACUGCUCCAGUUGCGUCGAUACCAGGAAGAUAUAUCACGCUGAAAUAAGUGAUUGGAUUCCAUUUGAUUCUUCAUGUCGACGAAGGAACUACACAGCAGCCCAAGCUUGUGAAGUUGUCAAUCGAUUCUCUCAAAUAUAUUUUGUUGGUGAUUCUUUUGUGAGAAAAAUGUCACGAGGUUUUAUUUUGACCCUAAGGUCCGAUCCAACGUAUGGAUUUUUACUGGAACGCUACGAUGAUAAGUUCAAGGAAUUAUGUGUAGGUGUUGAUCAAUUCUACUGGACAGAAUGCAGAACAGGUGGCGGAAAUAUACUAGACAUGCUCGUUGACAAAACUCCGUUUUGUGGACCUCGUACGCCACUUAUUAGUAUAAAUGAAUAUAUAAAUCACGCUUCUGCAAAUGACUUUUUAAGUUUGGUGAAAAAGUUAGCAGGAAAAGUGGGUUCAGUUAUUCUACUUGGUCAGGGUGGACACGACGGCUGUAAAUCUAAAGUGACGAUUAACAAGUUUUUGAGUGCAGCAAUCGAUUAUUUGGAAGACUAUUACAAGAAUUCUGACAAAAUUAAUACUCAGUUCGGAAAUUUUAUAAAGGUGAGGCGAUGGCCACAUAUCAUUUUUAUGUAUCCUGACUCUAACGGAAUAUUAAAACCAAAAGCAUAUCAUGCGGCAAACGGUAAUAUUGUUUGUAAACAAUUUUCCAGAGAAAUGAAAGUGUAUUGCGAUGCUCAUAAUAUUCCUGUACUCGAUUUUUACAGUCUUACAUCAGGAGUUCAUAGUUAUGAUGGAGCACAUCACGGUCUAGGAGCAAAUAUUAUGAAAGUACAACUUUUACUCAAUUACCUUGAUUACAUAUCACAGUUGAACAAUUGAACUACUUAUCUUGUAAUAUCUUAAUUUGUACUCAUAAUAUUUGAUUAUAGUCUUUUUAGCUGCCUUUUUGGAGAGGGGAUACUCUAUGUUUUGGAUCUAGGUAUUGACUCUUUAUCAAUACGUUUAUGCAAUGUACCCAGUGGUUCAAAAGCUGUGUCAAUUUGGUAUUGUGUACUGAAGUGAACCACCUUAUCAUAAUGUCUGUACACUCAUUUGUACAUAUUUUGUAGAGAAUUGUGUUUCAAUUGGAUUUACUGAAAAACGAUUUUAAUAUUUUCAGUGAUAUCAUAAACAUUUUUAAUACAUUCAUCACUAUCUUCCUAAGAAAAUAGAGAAACACGUUUACCAACUUGCUUUGCGUAUCUGGUGAAUAAAACAUAACAGCAUAGUUAACACAUUAAUCAGCUGUUAAACUAUUUCGUCGGUGUAAAGUAUGUAUAGCAUCUCAUUUAUGUGUCUCAGAUUAUUUCAGGAAAUUUAGAAAAAUCUUUUCUGUGUACACACGUACACAUACAUACAGAUGUAUAAAUAUAUAUAUAUAGACAAUAACAGACUCAAAAAAUCUUAUCAACGCUCCUAAAAAAUUUGGUAAAACUUGUAAUAUGUUGAAUAAGAUUCGUUUUUAUAUCAUUGUAUCUGUAGUAACGUGUUCAUACUCAUGUUGCUGUUUUCCUGCCUGUGUGACUCAUUUUCCUGUCACCGGAUACGCACCGUGGCCUAUUUUCGAAUCACCCGUUAUCUAAUCACGCUUAUUUACAAGCAAUUGUACAUAUUAUAUAUAUAUGUGUUUAUUAUAUUAUGUUGUUUUAAUAAACGCGAAAGUAUGUCAUAUAUCCAACCAUAUAUACUUGAUUGUUAGUUUUGUCGUUUUCAUAGCCGUCUCGGGGAAUGAUUUGUAUGUUUUAAGGUGUUACGAU